AAGAGGGUGAGAGGGUUGAGGCACGGAGCGGAAGAGGGAGUGGUGCCGUGCAAUUGUUCUUACGCAAUCUUCGAAAACGAAUUCCUGAGAGUCGUCAUAAGCAAGGAGGUACCUCCUAGGGCUUGCAUCAGAGAUUCGAGAAGCCAUGGAAGGCGAGGACGAAGGACCAGGAACGAUGAUUGAAGACAUCGCUUCCAAUGGUGUAGACGACAAACGUAGCAAACCGGUCUUCAGCAGCGAACAGAUGGACGUGGAGGCUUACGCAAGUCUCUACAGCGGCAGAACAAAGAUCACGAGGCUUUUGUUCAUUGCUGAUCGAUGCGGUAACCAGUCAAUGCAGUUGGAGGCAUUGCGAAUGGCUUACGAUGAGAUUAAAAAGGGCGAAAACUCUCAGCUCUUUAGAGAGGUAGUUAAAAAGAUAGAUGGAAGGUUGGGGCCUGCGUAUGGAAUGGACCAGGCAUGGGUAGAUAACGUUGAUCGUAAAGCUGAGCAGAGGAAGGAGAAACUCGAGAACGAGCUCAACUCUUACCGGACGAAUUUGAUAAAAGAAAGCAUUAGAAUGGGAUAUAAUGACUUCGGAGAUUUUUACUAUGCUCAUGGUGUCCUUGGUGAUGCUUUUAAAAACUAUGUCCGUACUCGUGAUUAUUGCACUACAUCAAAGCACAUAAUUCAGAUGUGUCUGAAUGCAAUUCUGGUUAGCAUUGAGAUGGGCCAAUUUACACAUGUCACAAGCUAUGUAAGUAAAGCAGAGCCAACACUAGAUGCACUGGACCUUGUUACUGUUGCAAAAUUGCGUUGUGCUGCUGGAUUGGCUCACUUGGAGGGUAAAAAGUACAAACAUGCUGCUCGUAAGGUUUGUGUCAGCAUUUGCAAUCAUUUUCAUUUGUUCAUUCGCUGAUCAGCAAAUUAUAUUUCAUAAACCUUGCAUGAUGCAGUAGUUGAUAUAGCCAUGUUCUUACGCUUCUUUUGGAGGUUUAAGCAAUGUAAUACUUGUCUCCGUCAAGCAUCUUAGUAUGUGGUUAAUCACCUCCUCGUUUUUUGGUGGGGCUUGUCUCUUUUCAGGAUGUUUAGUUCUCUUAUCCUUUCAAACUUAA